GCAGAUCGGCGCCACCCGACCCUGCCGCUCCCUCUGCCCGCGGCCUGCCCUUCGGCCCUCUUCCCCUGCAGCCUGAGACAGGACGCUGUUUGCCCCCUGCCCCCCGGCAGGCACUCCCAGCACAUGGUUCCUGGAUCUCACCCUCUCCGGAGCCUGAGCACCGGGGCGCCCCCACCAGCCCGCCGACCUUUGUCCGUCAGAACCCUGGUUAAUUUUUGCCCAGUCUGUGGGCUGCGGGCCUCCUCCCUCUCCCCCUCAGGGAUAUAAGUCUGGCCAGACGCUGCCCUUGCUCCUCGCCGUCCUGAAGCUCCCCCCGCCCCACCCCUGCCCUCACCAUGGCCCAGGGCUUCUACAUUUCCAAGCCUGUGGGCAUCCUGGCCAUCAUCCUGGGCGUGGGGGCCGUGAGCACCAUCAUCGCUCUGUCCGUGGUGUACUCCCAGGAGAAGAACAGGAACGCCGAGACCUCCACGGCAGCCCCCUCGACGGCCCCCUCCGCGGUCCCCCCCGGCCCCGUCACCACCACCACCACCACGGCGAGCACCUUGGACCCAACCAAGCCAUGGAACGUCUAUCGCCUACCCAAGACGCUGGUCCCCAAGUCCUACAAGGUGACGCUGAGGCCCUUCCUCACCCCCAACAAUCAGGGCCUGUACAUCUUCACGGGCACGAGCACCGUUCACUUCCAGUGCGUGAAGCCCACCGACGUCAUCCUCAUCCAUAGCAAGAAGCUCAACUACACCAACAGCCCCCAGGGGCACAUGGUGACCCUGCAGGCCCUCAACGGCUCCCAGCCCCAACCCGGCAUUGUCAAGACCGAGCUGGUGGAGCUCACCGAGUACCUGGUGGUGCACCUCAAGGAGCCGCUGGUGGCCGACGUCCUGUAUGAGAUGAGCAGCACGUUUCAGGGGGAGCUGGCCGACGACCUGGCGGGCUUCUACCGCAGCGAGUACACGGAGAACGGGGUCAAAAAGGUGCUGGCCACAACGCAAAUGCAGGCUACAGAGGCCCGGAAAUCCUUCCCGUGCUUUGACGAGCCCGCCAUGAAGGCCACAUUUAACAUCACCAUCAUCCACCCCAAGGACUUGGUGGCCCUGUCCAACAUGCUGCCCAAAGGCCCUGGCGUCCCGCUUCCUGAAGAUGGAAACUGGACCGUCACCGAGUUUGAGACCACACCCGUCAUGUCGACUUACCUGCUGGCAUACAUCGUCAGUGAGUUCAGACAAGUGGAGAGAACAGCACCCAGUGGCGUCCUGAUCCGGAUCUGGGCCCGGCCUAGUGCCAUCAACCAGGGCCAUGGCAAUUACGCCCUGAAUGUGACAGGCCCCAUCCUAGACUUCUUUUCCCAACAUUAUGACACACCCUACCCACUCAGCAAAUCGGACCAGAUUGCCUUGCCUGACUUCAACGCCGGCGCCAUGGAGAACUGGGGGCUGGUGACCUACCGGGAGAGUGCGCUGCUGUAUGACAGGCAGUCCUCUUCCAGCGGCAACCAGGAGCGGGUGGUCACAGUGAUCGCUCACGAGCUGGCCCACCAGUGGUUUGGGAACCUGGUGACCUUGGAGUGGUGGAAUGACCUGUGGCUGAACGAGGGCUUUGCCUCCUACGUGGAGUACCUGGGUGCCGACCACGUGCAGCCCACCUGGAAUCUGAAGGACCUCAUGGUGCUGAACGACGUGUACCGCGUGAUGGCUAUCGAUGCCCUGGCCUCCUCCCACCCUCUGUCCACUCCUGCCUCGGAGAUCAACACGCCAGCCCAGAUCAGCGAGGUGUUUGAUUCCAUCUCCUACAGCAAGGGAGCCUCCGUCCUCAGGAUGCUCUCCAGCUUCCUGACCGAGGACCUGUUUAAGAAGGGAGUCGCGUCCUACCUGCACACGUUUGAAUACGGGAACACCAUCUACCAGGACCUGUGGGAGCACCUGCAGCAGGUUGUGGACAAACAGUCGGUUGUCCAAGUGCCUCACAAAGUGAAUGACAUCAUGGACCGCUGGAUCCUGCAGAUGGGCUUCCCCGUCAUCACCGUGGACACCCGGACAGGCACCCUCUCCCAGCAGCACUUCCUCCUUGACCCCAACUCCACCGUCACCCGCCCCUCCCCGUACAACUACCUGUGGAUCAUCCCCAUCUCUUCCAUCAAAAAUGGCGCGGUGCAGCCGACCCACUGGAUGCCGGGCGUCGAACAAAGCCAGAGCGACCUGUUCAAAGCCGCAGCUAACGAGUGGGUUCUGCUGAACCUCAACGUGACGGGCUACUACGUGGUGAACUAUGACGGUGGCAACUGGGAGAGGAUCCUGGGUCAGCUGCAGACAGACCCGUUGGUCAUCCCUGUCAUCAAUCGGGCUCAAGUCAUCCACGACGCCUUCAACCUGGCGAGUGCCCAAAAGGUCCCUGUCACUCGGGCGCUGAACACCACUCUCUUCCUGAUCCGAGAGACUGAGUACAUGCCGUGGGAGGCCGCCCUGAGCAGCCUCAGCUACUUCAAGCUCAUGUUCGACCGCUCUGAGGUCUACGGCCCAAUGAAGAGAUACCUAAAGAAACAGGUCACACCCCUCUUCGAUCAUUUCGAACGCGUCACCCAAAACUGGACGAUUCACCCACAGAACCUCAUGGACCAGUACAGCGAGAUUAACGCGGUCAGCACCGCCUGCUCCUACGGGGUUCCUAAGUGUGAGAAGCUGGCCUCAGAUCUUUUCGCCCAGUGGAAGAAUAACCCCCAGAAUAACCCGAUCCACCCCAACCUGCGGUCCACCGUGUACUGCACCGCUGUCGCCCAGGGCGGCGAGGACGAGUGGAACUUUGUGUGGGAGCAGUACCGCAAGGCCGAGCUGGUGAACGAGGCAGACAAGCUCCGGGGAGCCCUGGCCUGCAGCACCCAGGUCUGGAUCCUGAACAGGUUCCUGAGUUACACCCUGGACCCUAACCUCAUCCGGAAACAAGAUGUCACCUCCACUCUCAGCAGCAUCUCUAGCAACGUCAUCGGACAAACGCUGGUCUGGGACUUUGUCCAGAGCAACUGGAAGAAACUGUUUCAGGACUACGGUACUGGCUCUUUCUCCUUCUCCAACCUCAUCCAGGCGGUGACCCGACGAUUCUCCUCUGAGUUCGAGCUGCAGCAGCUGGAGCAGUUCAAGAAGAACAACAUGGACACGGGCUUCGGCUCAGCCACCCGAGCUCUGGAGCAGGCCCUGGAGAAGACCAAGGCCAACAUCAAGUGGGUGAAAGACAACAAGGAGGCGGUGCUCCAGUGGUUCACCGAGAACAGCUAAGAGUCCUUGGUCCCCGCAGUCACCCGGCCCCCAUGUGAGACGUCUGUAUGUAUCUGUCCCAGUGGCCCUCUGCAGGGCCCCUUUCCUGGAGCCUGAGGCAAUGGUGUCCUCGCCCCAGGGACAGAGUCUCUGGCCCCCAUUUUUUCCACUGCGCCCACGGGGCCGCUCCCGUUCCUGAUGGCCAGACUGCCCAAGCACCUCUUGGUCCUUGCCCCUCCUACCAACUCACACCCCAGGCCUGGCACGGUGUCCGUCACCCAGGGCCCUGGGGCUGAUCUCAGGGAAGCCCAGCUCUGGGGCCAGAUGAGCCAAAGCCCUUGGUGGAUGAUGGAUGGCCUUAGGGGACACCCUUGUGCCCUCUCUCACCUUCCCAUAAAGUUCCCAGACCUGAGGAGUCAACAGGGCACAAGAUCUAUAUAUUUUUUUCUAAGAGAAAAUGUAAAUAAAGGAUUUCUAGAUCAA